AUGGGAGAAUUAGACUCAAAGAAGUUCAGAUCCAAAAGACAGCAAGCAGCUUAUGACGCUUCACUAGCUGGUCGUUACCAAAAAGCUUUGAAAAAAAACUCAUUUCUAAUGUUUGGUUUACCUUUCUUGACCUUUAUGGGUUUAGCUUCAUAUUGGUUCUCAAGUUUCACAGCUAUCAGAUAUGAACAAAGAGAUAAAAAAGUUCAAGAGAUCAGUGAAGAGGAAAUACUUAAUAUCAGCUCAAAAAGAAGAACUGUUGAUGUCAAAGAAGAGUAUUAUAGAUUACAGGGUCUUGGUGAAGAAGAUUGGGAGCCAAAGAGAGUCCCAAGAAUGAAAGGUGAAUCUGAAAAUGUUUUUUAA